AGCGGCUUCCGGUGAAAUCCCUAAUGCGAUUUCAGUGUGUCUGCAAGCACUGGAAAAAUCUCAUCAACGAUCCAUCUUUCAUCCAAGACCAUCUCCGCCACUCUUCUCAUCAAAACCCUUCUAUUUUCAUCGGGGAGUCUGGUGGAGAUGAUCCUUUCCGAUUAUAUUUGCUCAAUUGCAAGAUGCAAUUUCGCGAGUUUGAUAAGGCACCUUUCGUCGGUCCCUUGGUGGGCGUUUGCCUCGUCGGUUCCUGCAAUGGCUUGCUUUGCCUCGCCGAUUACAACAUCCGUCCUCCUGCCCCUUUAUUGUGGAAUCCGGCAACUAGAGAUAUCAGACAAAUCCCCAUAACUUUCAACGAUUCUCGGAUGGUUUGGAAUUUCGGAUUUGGGUUCAGUCCUGUCAUUAAUGAUUACAAGAUUGUAAGAUUUUCCUCACAUCGCCUGGAUUUUGUGGUUUGUGAAGUGGAAGUUUAUUCAUUAAGCACAGGGGCUUGGAAAAGCAUACAAUUUGACAACAUAAAAGAUGUUUGUCUUCUUGGUCAUGGUGUUAAUGUUAAUGGAGUUAUGUUUUGGGAAGGGAGGAAGCAUGUAGAGGAAAUGGAUAGUGAUGAAGCUGAAAGUGAGGAUAUUGAGGAUCCUUAUGUGAUAGUUUCAUUUGAUAUGGUAUCAGAAACUUUUACAGUGGUACCAUCGCCAACUUCAUGUUAUAAACUUGCUGUGACUGAGGACAAACUUGCUAUAAUUUCUCCCUCUGAGAUUAAAGACUCUCAAGAUUCUUGUAUUUAUUUUAGGGUGUUGGGGGAGGGGGCUAUAGGGUCAUCUGGAGAGAAAUGGAGUUCUAGGGAAUAUAUUCUUAACUAUCCUUUCAAGUUGCAUGAUUUACGUGCUGGGGCCAUUUUGAGGGAUCAAAUUGUCUGGAUUGAUUUUGCAUUGCCCAGAUCUAAGAAACUCAGAAUGGAGGAUGCUGAACACCUAUAUCUGAUCAAUCUCACUACUGAUGAACGUAAGCUGCUUUCUUUCCCCAGACUCGAACCUGGCUAUGGUGUUAGUGAUUUCAGAUACGUGAAAAGGCCUGGUUUUGGUAUUUUCAAUUACGUGGAAAGCCUUGUGCCGGUUGACAACAUUCAAAUUGAAGAGUCUUAAUUCUCAAAGUUAGUUAGUGCAGUUUUAAACAUUUAUAUAUAUGUAUGUGUAUGUAUGUAUCUUGGUUGGAAUGUAUCCUUAUCAAUUUAGACUUCAGAUUAUUGUAAAUGAGGUUUGAUGCCCUUUGGAGAUAGGGACAUGGCGUAGAAUA